AUGGCUUCUCGCCACAUCUUUAUCGACUUUCCCCCCGUCUGCGGUCCGUUGGACGGGCCAGUGAAGGAGACCACUCCGCUGAUAAAUUUCCUCCAGCGCGUCCAAGCUUCUGCGCUGCAGACCCUGGGCCCGAAGGGGUUCGACCCCAAGCUGUACGUUGAUCUCCCUCUCCGGCGCGAGCUUGGCGCCGCCGAGGCCGCAUUCGACGCCCUCCCCCGCUCCCCUGGCAAUGGCACCAUCCCUGCCGCAGCGCUCAAUCGGUUCCUUGGGGUCUACUUCAGUGCUCCGGAAGCCGACCUGGUGUACGCAGAGCCUGCUGACUUCGUGCCGGAGCCCAAGGGUUUCCUUCCCAAGGUCAAGAACCCCGCCGUCAGGGCGUGGGCUCUGGAGGUGCACGCCCUCUGGAAGAACCUGAGUAGACGGGUUGCCGACGACGUGAGGGCUCACCCGGAGCGCCACACCUUGCUGCCACUGCCAGGACCUAUCAUCAUCCCCGGCUCGCGUUUCCGGGAGGUUUACUAUUGGGACUCCUACUGGAUCAUCAGGUACGCGGAGGGAGUACUGGGACAUUUCUUCUUCCCUGAAGCUCUGUUGAUUUGUCGGACUUCGUCCCAGAAUCUCCGCAGACGAAGCCCAAAGCAUAUUUUUAGUCUGUUCUUCCCAAUGACUUCCCUGUCCGACUCUUCAUUCUCCCCAUUUGCCCUCAUCGAGAAAUUAAUCAUAUGGGUCCUCUCCUCAAGUUCAACCACCCUGUUCCCCCAAGUCAACAAGGGGAGGAGAGGGGGAGGGGACCCAGUUCGCUCCACUGGGAUGUUUUCUAAUGGCGUGAAGUAUCUGAUAGCCAAUGUGGCCUACAUUACCAGCAGGUUGAUGUUCAUGUUGUGCAGGGGCUUGCUGGCUAGCAAGAUGCAUGAGACUGCAAAGGCCAUCGUGAACAAUCUCAUAUAUCUCGUUGAAACCUACGGCCAUGUCCUGAAUGGCGCGAGGGCUUAUUACACCAACAGGAGGUAAUGCACCGAUUCUGCAGGGGAGAGCACCGCUCUGUCAGCUAGUUUAAUGUUCUUCAUGAUCCCCAUCCCACAGCCAACCUCCUCUGUUGAGUUCGAUGAUCUUGGAAAUUUUCGAGAAAACCGGCGAUCUACAGUUCGUGAAGAGAUCGUUUCCAUCGCUACUGAAAGAGCACGAUUUCUGGAGUUCAGGUAUUGGGUUCUCUGAAAUUAUGAUUCUCGAUAGAUUUCCCUUAAUUUCUUGGCCUUCACCUUUGUUUUCUUCAUAUAUUCAAAUUUUUUGGCUCCUUUUUUUCACAGAAAUCCAUGAACUGGAAAUAAAGGAUGCUCGGGGAUGCAGUCACAAGGUGAAUCGCUACUAUGCGAUGUGGAACAAGCCCAGGCCCGAGAGUGGAACGAUCGUAAUAUCCUUCUCAUAGCGUGUCUCAGGGAGGACUAACUGGCCAUGAUUUUUCGAGCACGACUGAGGAUGGAUCUUUCUUCAUCUCACAGGACGAGGAAUCUGGCUCAAAGCUUGUAGAUGGCCGAGAAAAGGAAGCUUUUUAUCGUGAAGUUGCUUCAACAGCCGAGUCCGGGUGGGACUUCAGCUCCAGGUGGAUGAGGUGGGAUACUUCGUCUCAUCUCGUACUGACACUAUAAACUCAUAACCUGUUCUUAAAUUACUGGUAAAUAAACAAAUGUAUAAUGAUGUAACUAAUAACCGGCAGAUGCAGCUUUCGCACCCGGUUCACUGUUCUUGGAUUAGUAGUCCUACCUUUCUCUGAUCUUUUUUUGGUCUGGUUAAACUCUCACUUACCUGAAGGAAAAAAAAUAACAAGGAAAAAAUAAAAUAUGGCUUGAUCUCUCAGUCCAAGAACGUGAUAAUGUUUACAGGCUUUUUUAUUUAAACGAUAUAAAUUACCCCUGAGUAUACUGUCUCGGUGAAUAAUCUGCAUGCCAUUUUAUGAUGUUGUCCAUGGAUCAUCAUUUCAUAUGAGUUUUGGAUACCUAAGGGAUUACAUCAUUUGGAAUCUCCCUCCAUAUGUUUCAGGGCACCAUUUGAAAACGUACCAUGUUUUCCCCCAUAUGGAUACCAUGCAUUCCGAUUCUGAUGCCGUCCCUUGCCUUUUGCAGCAAUUCAUCUGACCUUACAACUUUAGCGACUACAUCAAUCAUUCCUGUGGAUCUCAAUGUCUACAUACUCAAGGUAUUACCUCUGUAAUAAUGAAGCUUAACUUAUAAUCGAUAAUAUCUCUUAAGGCAGGAAGAAUUUGGCCGCCAUUGUGAUUAGUGCUUAAUUAUAAUUUGAAAUUUGAAAAUAUAAUUAUAAUUGUGGAUGGACGUUAAUGACCUUAUAUAUAUGGGUUGAAUUACAGAUGGAGCUCGAUAUUGCAUUCUUUGCCAAACUUCUUGGAGAUGUACAGACCAAGAAUAAAUUCUUGGCAGCUGCCCAUUCACGGCGAGAGACUUUGAAAUCGGUAUUCUGGAAUGAUGAGAUGGGGCAAUGGCUCGACUACAGGUUAAAAGACGAUAAGUGUGAGGUAGGCCGUUUUAAUUAUUUCCCAGUUCAUUUUCCUGCGUAAUUAAAAAAACCCUGCUGAAAAGUCAAACUUAUUUUCCGUCAUCAAUGACCUCGUCUUUUACUGCACAUAAUUAGUUCCCCUUUUGUUUUUUACAAAACAUAAAACCCUCAUGAAAGUUAAUGUCAUUCCGAAUGAAUCAGUCUUUCCACGGGUCUAUUUUUUCCUGCUAGAGGAUAACAAGUUAAAUAUUCUUUCUUGGUAAGACACGUAUUUCUGCACAUGAUUAACCUCCCUUUUUAGGGUAAAAUUAAAACCCUCAUGAAAGUCAAACUUAUAGAUGGUACCUUUUACUGCACAUGAUCAGAUAUCCUUUUCAUAUGAAAAAUGAGGCUCUCAUGAUAAUCAAACGUAUUUUCCAAAUUAAAUGGUCCCUUUUACUGCACAUGAUCAACCGACCAACCAGCCACCGUAUGUGUAUCUAUGUAAGUUUAUGAAAGUAUGGUACGAGGUAGGACUUGUUUUCUAUUUUUCUCUUCUUCUUACGUAGCAUACUAAAAUUUUCAGGAUGGCCAGGAGUGGGAUGCUCGCAAUCAGAACCGAAAUAUUUUUGCAUCGAAUUUCGUCCCUUUGUGGAUAAUGUGCAACUCAGGUUUGCUUUUUCACAUCUCCAGUUUGGUUUGUAAGACUCCCUACCAGUAGUACUCUCUAUCCACUAAUGUGCUUAAAUGCCAUGAAGCUUUAUGCCUGAUCCAUGAAAAGUUUUCACAAUUUUUUUAUCCGAAAAUCAGAUGCUUUUUGGAAACAAAAAGUUCUGUAUACAAGACAAGAAAGGAAAUUAGGCAAAUAAAAAGGGAACAUUCCUAGAGGGUUCAAUAUUAGGAAGGUGGACGUGGGAAUUUUUUCGCCAACGUUUGGCGUUCUGAAAACUAUUAGAAUCAUCUUCAUAUGAGUGGAGAGUAAUGCUUUACGGUGUUGGUCUCAUAUCUUGGCUAUCACUUCUGGCCAAUCAACCAUCUUUAGGCUAAUUGUCUGCGUUAUAUUGAAUUUUGGCCAUUUAAUGAUUAUAAACUUGCUGCAUCAGCCAUGAGAGUGCUGAAUCUAGAGUAGUUAUUGUUCUGCAAGUUCUCAUCUUCCUGCAACGAUGCUAUGCGUUCAGCCAGUUCCUUUCUCCUCUGAGUAAUCUAUAAAAGUCAGUCGUCAAUUUUUUGGGAAUCUGGUUCAACUGAAAAUAUUCAAGGGAUAAGAUUAGGAGAUUGAUAACUUCCCUUGAAUAUCUUACAUCAUUUUUCCGAAGAAAAAUGCAGUUGAGAUUUAUGUUUUUGACUCUGUUGAAUUAUGUCUGAAGAUCACUCCAUGGUCGAGAAAGCUACUAAGAGCUUCAAAACUUCGGGCCUUCUUCAACCUUUUGGGAUUGCUACUUCGUUGACGAAUUCAGGCCAACAAUGGUGCGCACUACUCCUGCGAGCCCCUGUAUUUGGAUGAGAUUUUGUGAUCAGGGAGGGCAAGACCAGGCUGAUGAAACCUCGUGUGGUUCCUCCCUUUCAGGGAUUUCCCCAAUGGCUGGGCUCCAUUACAGCACCUGAUAGUCGAAGGACUGGCAAGAUCAGGGCUCAAAGAAGCCCAGGACCUAGCUGAAGAUAUCGCCACCCGGUGGAUCAGAACCAACAUCGUUUCCUACCGGGAAUCGGGAGUGAUGCACGAGAAAUACGAUGUUCGAGCAUGUGGAGAAUUCGGCGGCGGCGGUGAAUACACUCCGCAGGUGAUAUACAUAUUCUCCAUGAUACCCAGUUCUUUCAUGAGCAGAUCUUGCCAAGCUCGCUGACUCUACCUUACCUUAUUUUGCUCAGACCGGCUUUGGCUGGUCAAACGGGGUGGUUCUUGCGUUCUUGGAGGAGUUCGGGUGGCCUCAGGACAGGGAAUUCACGUGCAAAUGA